AUGUCUCUCUUUGUUCUUGCCGAGACGCCAGCAGGCUACGGCCUGUUCAAGUCUGCGGACAAGAAACUCUUCAAAAAUGAUGACCUCGCCGCUGAACUCGGUCGCCCCGAAAAGCUCGUGGAAAUGCUCAAGCUGAAAAAGUUUGUCAAGUUCGAAAGCGCCGCCAUGGCGCUCGAAGAAGCCGCCUCUCUCAAGGAGGGCAAGAUCCCGGAACUGCUGACUUCGAUCCUCGAAGAUCUCAAGUCUGAGAAGAAGGCAUCCAUCGCCGUCGCCGACAUUAAGCUCGGCACCGCCAUCUCCAACCUCCCCGACCUGAACAUCACACCCGUUGCUGGCUCCAACACUAUGGAUGUUUUCCGUGGCAUCCGUGAGCAUCUCCCUUCGCUCAUUCCCGGUCUCGCGCAGGAGAACAUUGAUCGCAUGUCUCUCGGUCUCUCCCACUCGAUGUCUCGCCACAAGCUCAAGUUCUCCGCCGACAAGAUUGAUUCUAUGAUCAUCCAAGCCAUCAAGCUCCUUGACGACAUGGACAAGGAGCUCAACGUCUAUGCCAUGCGCACUAAAGAAUGGUACGGCUGGCAUUUCCCGGAGAUGGCCAAGAUUCUUGGUGAUAACCUUGCCUAUGCCCGUAUCGUCCUGAAGGUCGGCAUGCGUGGCAACAUCUCCUCGGCUGAUCUGUCCGAUAUUCUCCCCGAAGAGAUGGAGGCUGCUAUCAAGGCCGCUUCUGAGAUUAGCAUGGGUACAGAGAUUACCGAGGAGGAUCUGCACAACAUUCAGCUUCUGGCUGACCAGGUUCUUGUUUACACCAAUUACCGUGCAGAGCUCUCUUCCUACCUCGAGAGCCGCAUGCGUGCUAUCGCUCCCAACCUGACGGCCCUCCUUGGCUACCUCGUCGGUGCCCGCCUCAUCGCCCACGCUGGCUCUCUCCUCAACCUUGCCAAGGCCCCUGGCUCCACCAUUCAGAUUCUCGGUGCCGAGAAGGCUCUGUUCCGCGCCCUCAAGACCAAGCACGAUACGCCCAAAUAUGGUCUCAUUUACCACUCUUCCUUGAUUGGACAGGCCACCGGUCGCAACAAGGGUAAGAUUGCCCGUAUGCUUGCUGCCAAGACUGCCCUUGGCUUGCGUGUGGAUGCCCUUGGCGACUACGACGAGGAGCAGGAUGACGAGCAGCGUUCCGCGCUCGGCUUGGCCAACCGCAUCAAGCUGGAGAACCGCCUUCGCAAGCUUGAGGGCCGCCCGUUAUUGCCCAAGGGUACGAACGUCGCUCCAUCUGGUGAGAUCAUGGCUCCUGGCCAGUUCACCCUGAAAGAGACGCGCCGUUACAACGUCGACGCUGACGGCGUUGAGGAUGAGACGGAGGUUGUCACCAACGGCGAGUCCAAGAAGAGCAAGAAGGACAAGAAGGAUAAGAAGGACAAGAAGAAGAUUGAGGUUGUCGAGGAGGACGAGGAAGACGAGGAGUUGGGCGACGCCGAUAGUGACGAGGACGUUUCCACACCCAAGGUUCCUAAGCUGUCAAGCUCCGAGUACGAGCGCUUGGCUGAUCUGGCGGGCCUGUCGGUCAAGAAGUUCACGCGCAAGUAUGAGCGUGGUGACAUCCAGGUUGAGAACGGAAAGCCCCGCGUCUUCUCGAAGAAGGAAAUGAAGAAGCUCCGCAAGGAGGCGACCUCCACACCCACCAAGGCGGCUGCGGACGAGGGCAAGAAGAAGAAGCGCAAGCACGACUCGGACGACGAAGACGAGGCGGAGUCAAAGAAGGAGAAGAAGCAAAAGAAGAAGAAGCGCUCCGAGGCUUAG